AUGACUGGUGAAAUUGAUUUCCGUAGUCAUUUACCUCCAUAUAGAUCGUUAUUAACACCAAAUGCCAAAUAUGAUUAUAAGACCCAUUCAUUAAUACCAAUAAAUCAAAAUGAAUUAACUAAAUUAAUAAAUUCAAAUAAGAAUAAAAAUGAUAAGAAUAAAAAUGAUAAUAAUAAGAAGAUUAAAAUGAAAUAUAAAUCAUUGCUUUCUGAUGUUAGUAGAAGAACAUUAUCAAUAAGAAUUAAUAACGUUAAUAAUAUCCAAAAUCAAUUGAAAAAUUUAACAAAUUAUUAUCAAAAUCGAAAGAUUCAAUUUAGAUUUUUACCAAUUGAAAUAUUGGAAUUAAUAUUUUAUUAUAUUAAUGAUUUUGAAUCUUAUAAAAUGUGCUUGUUUGUUAAUAAACAAUUUUAUCAAUUAUCCAAAAGUUUCUUCUAUUCAGAAAUUUCUUUUAGUUCAACUUAUAGAUUUAGUCAAUUCAUAAGUUAUCUUCGAUUGAAUAAAGAUAUUGGAUUAAUGGUUAAAAAAAUUGACUUAUCAGGUAUAAAGCCGUGCAAUUAUUUGUUAAAUGAAGAUGAUGAUGAAAUAUCAACGUUGGAAGAAUCGGAAUCAAAUGGUAAAAUAUUAGCCGGGUGGAGAGAUUGGAAAUUUUUGAAAAAUCCCUUAUAUACAAUUAAUUCCUUGAGUAAAAUUCAAUCAAAUGGUGAAAUAUCAUCAUCAUCCAAAACUUAUAAAUCUUUACAUUCCUAUUCAUCCAAUAAAAUUAAUCAUCGAUUAACAAAUUUUUUAAAAUCAAAGAGAAGGAAGAAGAACAAUUCAAUUAAUUCGAAUUUAAAAGUUAAACCAUCAAAUUAUUUAAUUGAUUUAUCAAAUAGUUCAAAUUUAUCCAGUUACAGACCUUCAAUUCACCCUAAAAUUAAUAAAUUUUUAUAUAAUUAUCAAACUUCCAAAGAUUUACCAAUUGGUUAUAUUUUACAUUUAAUUAAUCUAUGUCCAAAUAUAACUAAAUUAAAUUUAGGUAAUCUAUCAUUAUCAAUUGAUUAUGAAAUUAAUAAAUCAAUGAUUUUCAAAUAUCAAAAUUUUGAUAUUAUUAAUAAUUAUCCAAAAAAUUUAUUAAAUCAAAUUAAUAAUAUAAUGUAUGAUAAUAAUGAAUUAUUAACAAGAAAAGAGGUUGAUUCUUCUUGUAAUUCAUCAAUUUUUUCAAUUAAUUCAUUUUCUAAACCAAUUAGAAAAUAUAAUAGUUUAUUACCUCCAAUCAACUCAAAUGAGUUAUCUUCUUACUUGAAAAAAGGUGAUGGUAAAAUUUAUUUAAGUGAUUUAAAUUUGAAAUCAAUUAAUAAUAAUUACUUAUCAAUCAUAAAUGAAGAUGAAUUAUUGAAUCAUAUUAUAAAGAAUUAUUCAAAUAAUUUAACUUACUUAAACUUAUCUUCAAUUCUUUGGUUAAAUAAAAAACUUAUUAAAAAUUUUGUUCAAAAUUUUUUACUGGAUCAUUUAAAUUCUUUAAUUGAAGAAUUUAAAGAUGACGAUGAUGAUGAUGAUGAUGAUUUAAAUUCGGAUCCAAUUGAUUUAAUCAUGGAUUUUACUGAUUCUGGAAUGUAUAAGAAUCUUAGGUGGGCUAAAUUAAUUGAUUUAAAUGUAAAAUCAGAUCGAAGAUUAAUUUAUAAAAUUAUAAACGAUCAAUUAUUAGAAUCUUUUGAAGAAACUAUCCAAAAUGAUCGUUUGAGAAGAGGUAGAAUCGGUCAAAAUUAUCUUUCUUGA